AUCAUCUGACAUUAAUACUUCUCUCAUACAGUACCAUAUAUCCGAAGAGAAACGAGGUCAAGGAAGAAGCAGAAGCUAAAGAGAUCGAGAUGGAGAGCCAGAAGAAAAUGAUGGUUGUCUUUGGGUUAGUUACAGCUGUGUUCUUACAGAGUGCGGCGGCACAGACGGUGCAUGUGGUAGGGGAUAGCGUAGGCUGGAACAUACCACAGAACGGUGCACAAGACUAUGUUACAUGGGCGUCUAGUCAGACUUUCGUAGUUGGUGAUAUUCUGAGUUUCAACUUCGCAACAAACGCACACGACGUUGUGGAAGUACCCAAAGCAUCGUUCGACUCUUGCAGCUCCACCAACGCAAUCGGCAGCACCGUCACCACCGGCCCGGCCAACGUCACUCUCGCCUCCGCCGGUGAACACUACUACAUCUGCACUGUCGGCAGCCACUGCCAGUCCGGCCAGAAGCUUGCCAUCACCGUCUCAGCAUCCGCCACGUCACCAGGAACCUCCCCUUCUGCACCAUCUCCAUCUACCACCACGCCGGGGGUGACUGCUGAGCCACCAAGCUCUUCUCCUGCCGUUCGGGCUGGUCUUGUUUUGUGCUUGUUGUCCCUUGUAAUGGGAUUCUUCUUUUAGAUACGUAUAUAGAGAUAUAGUGUAAUCAUAUACAUAUUAUGAUCUCCUUCUCCAUUUUGAUUUACAUUAUUGAGAGAGCGACAGAGAUUAGGAUUGGUGUUCGAUUGUUGUCUAUUUUUUAGCGCAUGGUUAUCAAUAAACGAUUUUUUUUCUUUCAAAUUUUUUAUUUAUCGAUUCAAUUCACUGUUUUCGAACCAAACCUAAUAUAAUCCUAGUCUUUCU